GAGUCAAGAAAUGUCAUGCGUGCAGCGUGACUCGUGAGCCGUGAUGCGAGCAGCGAGAGAUUUACAUUUCAGAAUACGUCCUCAGCUUCGUGUUUUAUUUUUACUUCAUUAAAUUUAACUAGAAAAAAAAAUAAUAAUGGCCGAGACAAUGAGACAAACGGUUGCAACUAUCUUAAAGAGUAUUGAAAGAUAUAAUCCAGCUAACCUUCAAACUCUAGAACGAUACGUGGAAAUGCAAUCUAAAGAAAAUACUUAUGAUCUGGAGGCAAACUUGGCUGUUUUGAAAUUAUACCAAUUCAAUCCAGAAAAAUUUAAUCCGGAUAUUACAUGUCAAAUUUUGUUGAAGGCUCUUACGAAUUAUCCACACACCGACUUUACUUUGUGUAAAUGUUUAUUACUUGAAUCUGUGGCUGAAAACGAAACAAUUUCACAAAUAAAAUAUUUGGCCGACAUUUUGGAGCAGUGUGAUUUUGCCCAGUUUUGGAAUAGGGUGCAUCAAAUGCCUGAACUGUGUAACCGCAUCAGCAAUUUCCAUGAUUCAAUUCGUAAAUUUGUCUGCCAUGUAGUUGGAAUCACUUUCCAAGCCAUUGAUAAGAAGAAUUUGGCUGAUUUAUUAGGAGGAAUCGAUGAUGUUACAUUGAAACACUGGGUGAAGAAGUACGGAUGGAAGGAUCAAGGGGACCUGAUUUUUAUCGCAAACCAAGAUGAAAACAUUAAGACUAAGAAUAUUACAGAGAAGAUUGAAUUUGACCAUCUUGCUCCCCUCUUGACGAUAUUGUAAUCAGAUUAUAUCAAGAUUUGAAUUAA